GCCAAGUGCAGGCUCUGUGCGCACUGUAAGGGCACCGGCCUCAUACGGAGACACUCUCAUAACCCAUUCAUGAUUGUUAUUCCGCUCUUUAUCUGUUUAUUUUUGUCUUCAUCAUAGUAUCAAGCGGAGAGGCUUGGGCUAUAUCUUGCUCUGUUCUUGUCGCAAAAAAAAUUGGUGUGGGGUCAUUUUUGAGCUGAUUUCUUCAAGCACCUGUCACAACGAUCGACACUUGAAGUCAUCGUUCUCACACGUCCCGAAUCUGAUGGGCACAAAGACUACCAGCAGCCUCCCGUUCUCCAUGUUGCCUCGGCUUGGUUUUACUCCCAGUCACAAAACGGGGUCUUCAUCUCGUUCUCCUUAUGCUGAAAACUCUGAAGAAGACUGGUAUAUCCCCUACAAUGGUCCGUUAGAACCACCCAAGAGCGUCUCAAUGGCCAAGCAAGGUACCACGAGACACUUUUGUAGACAGGAUGACAUAAACGCAUUUCUGGAAGACUCUCAAUUACUGGACCGCUACCGGGAUACGUCUGUGAACGAUGCCGAGCCAUUGGGACUAGGUCUACCUGCACAAUCAACCAGUUCCCACAGAACCCGUAUUCGCCCUGAUUUCAUGAGGCAUACUACGAGCUCAUCAAGUGUCAUCGACCCGAUACGGCCGCAUCCUCGACGGCGGCAGGCAAGUGCACCGCGCUUGCAAAUUCCCACUCACACCAGCAUGGAUGCUGGCGCUGACGUUGGUGAAUCCCCGAUGCCUAUGCAACGUAUGGCAACGUUGUCCCCCCAGAAAAAAAUGGGUCGGUUCUUCGGCUUCGGAUCUAGCAAAAAGCCAAAAAGCCAAUCAACCAGUACACCAGUAUCCCCUAUUAUUCGGACUAACACGCUGGGGACAUGGCCUCCCAGUUCUGUUCAGCAUAGUACACUCCAGGAACAUGUUAAUUUUGCGAAAUCUCCAGGUUCUAGUCCCAACACUAGCAAUCACUUUGACUCACCUUAUGCCGCAUUGGCACAGCCAUCCCGCAGAAGUCAGACCCUCCAUUACCCGCCACGGGUUGACGGUAUGAAUCUCUCCCCCUCCAAGCAACGUUCCGCCCAGCACCUCAACUUACAUGGAAAACCCGACCAAGACUCAUUCCCUUCAUUCCCGACCACAAACUAUAAUUCUUCAACUAUCUUCAUGGCUCACCCAUAUGCAAAUACAUCCUCCUCUGUUUCUGUGUCUGCUUUUCGACCCGGAACCUCUCAACAAUCUCGUCAAGGACAUCAACCACUGGAUUCGGGCUCACAACAUACUCAUUUCUCGCAGGAUAAUCCCACUCGGCGUAAUCGGGCACUCACCUAUGCGAUCGACCCUCGCAGUGACGGUGCCGCCGCAUCGGUUAAAAGUGCACGUCCCUUGACCUCACCACUGAAGCUCUCUGUCUCCACUCCGAAUCUUUUUGCAACCUCACAUGACAAGCAGCCUUCGCAACAGAGCACAAAGUCAACACCACCGGUAGCAGGCGUUGAACGCUGGCUAUCUCCUGAGACAUGGUGCGACGCACUGUUCUUUCCACGUCCACGCCUCAAAGUUAAGCGCGCACAUGGGUCACAUGGAGGAAGCAGUGGACGAAUCCUAAGUCCGCCAAUCACGCCUGUCGCUGAAGGUGCCACUCCGCGCCUCAGUCCUGCUCCACUUAGCGGGAGACCACAGGUGUCGUUGGUUACAACUGAUGUACCAAGGAAACACCAUGUUUUGUUGAAAUCUAGGUCGGCUAUUGAUGUCCUGUCUGGCCCCUCUAUUUCUGGCAGACCUCGUACUGCGCCCAUGAAACGACAUCUAGACCCAGAUGCAGAUUUAAUUGAAGACAAAAACCUCGAGGAGUCAGAAUUUGUACCGGGCGCAUCGACCGUGCAACAGGAACACCGUCCGUCAACCCCUGUACCAUCGUUAACCCAAGUUCUUGAAGAAGGCGAGGCUCUAGAAGAACAACGAAGGCAGUGGCAACAUCAGGCCUCACGCUCGUUGGGGAACAGCCGAACCCGCUCCCUUUCCCGCGCUCGUGCCAGGUCAUUGUCACGAAGUCAUGGGCACAAGUCGGAGGGCAGUACGACCCUAGAAUUUCUGGCUGCACGGACGCUCCUCGGAGGUCAGAGCAUUACCCCCACUAUUAACGUUGCAAGAACUUCGCACUCCCGAUCUCAUUCCCAUUCACACACUCGUUCGAAUUCUCGCGGGCGCUCUAGUUCAUACUCAUUCACACAGUCACAGUCGCACUCCCUUGGUAAAUCUAAUUCGCAAAGGUCGCUCGCGGAUUCUCAACCUCAAAGCGCUCGACAUGCCCGCAAUGACUCCUGGGGCAAAACUGCCCUACUUAAAGCAUGCGCACCUUGCGGAGAUAUUAGUGAUUUGCUGGGCACCCCUGUUGACAGCAAGAAAACAGCCCUGGAACCUAUGACGGAGGAAACCAAAGUCAUACAUUUGACUGACCCUGCGGACCCUUCGCACAACGAAGCCGACGAGGGAUCAGUCAUCGUUAUAGGGAUUUCCCCAGCCCCGACUACAUCAAGCGGGGAAGGAGUCGGCAUCGCACUUUCAUCCCCCCCUCCUUCUGACGAUCGCUUCUAUCCUAAUCCCGAACUCCCGAGCAUGCCCGGCCAUCCAUAUGCCAACGGUGCCACAUAUACACAGUAUCUUAAUCCAUCUUCUGAGCAUGGUCUACAACAUUCCCUCAAAAUGUCUGAUUAUGCUGGACCACAUCCAUCUGCCUACGACCCCCAACUCCCUUCUAAUACUGCUACCAACGAUGUCAGCAUGCGUCACAGGCUGCCUCCGCGGGCAAUGCAGCCGGGUGCAAUUUCACAUCCUUACGCUACUGCAUUGAGUGAGCCGGUAAACUCACAUGCACGGCAGCCUAGUAACUCUGUCCUUCCUACCCUUCCGGUUCCGCCAACCGCUGUGCAGGAAGACAAUGGUUUCACAUCUGAUAACCACAUAUCCAUCAGUAGUCCUGACUUCGAGAAGUAUGGCGUUGGUGAGGUUCUUGUGUUCGCCGCACCAUCGCGAGACGAGCAGGAAAGUGAUUCCGAAGAUCAAUCUUUGGGAACCAUCAUCCCGUGCCAGCAGGAUACUCUGAGUCGAAUCAUAGACAAAGGGAAGGCCAAAGACCUGACAUCUGCGCCCAUAGCCUCCGAUAAUAGUCAAUCCCGGAUACCCGUCUCUGAUGUUGUGAUCGUUUCCACUCGUCCUUCGAGUCUGAUAUCUGUGACAGCAGUCGAAGGCAGGGACUCCACCUACUCUCCUGGUGCCCUCCGUAACACGACCAACGUCACCUCCGCACAUCUUGUUAUUUCAGCUUUGGAUAAUGAUGAUCUAGACGAAUUUCAAGAUUUGUUCUACAGGCCUCCUCAGAACAGGUUGUCCAGUGGAAAAUCUAGCGUAAAACAUCAGGACACAAGCGAAACCAGCAGGGGUAUACCGUCGGAUAUUCACAGCUCUUAUUCUGGAAGCGCGCUCACCAAUCUCAUGCGAAGUAUGAGCGAGAUUGGAGAGCUGCAUGUAGCGGCCUCAGAUACCUCCUAUGGGCAAAGAUCAGGCGGACCAGGGGAUCAACGAUCGGAUGAACUAUCUCAAACGUAUAUCUUCAUGGACAUGUCGAGGACUUCUUCACCGGUGCAGGUCGAUCCCUGUGCUGUUACCCAAUCGCCAGCCCAGCUUUACGAUGCACCCUUUGAAGUGGGUGUUCCAGAAGAUAUCGAAUCCUCUCGAGCGUCUUCUCUUCUGAUCGCCUCACAAGAGAAUGACACUUUUGGUCACCCCAUCCGACAAGAUGUCGUUGACGCUGCAGGAACAUCCACCAUUCACCAGGGCUCUUAUAGAUCCUCUACAUACGCUUCGAUCCACGAUGCCGCCGAAGAAGAUGACCUGGUCAGCCCCAUCACGCCAAUGCAAUCGCCACCCGUCUCCGCAGAUGCUAUGCGGUCGAGCUACAUGACCAGUGGGUCUGAGUACUCACGCAUGUCCACCCUCUCCGAUUUCCCCGACCCUCCCGCGCGAACGAAUGUACUACCUAACCAACCCUCCAUCCUUCAGAUUUAUGUCAACGCUCCUACGCCACUUCAACAGUCGGAGAGCUUUCAGGGGACCGAAUGUCCUCAAUCUGGGUCCCGCGUCUUCAGCUUGGAGAGCCACCACACAACCUUCGGUGGUAGUGACGACAUGGAUAUCAUUACACAAGUUCACAGGUCUGAGCUUUGAAUGUAACAUCUAUUGCAUGCGCCUCUUACUGGAAUCACCAUCUAAGUUGUUUGUUCUCGGAUAGUGCACAUAUAGGGUAUUUUUACUGUCAUUAUUGUUGUAUUGCAGUGUAGACUCUAGUAUCAUGCUUUGCUCACUUAUUCUUGAUUAGAAUACACGCUAAUUUUGCAAGGUUAAUCAGCGCACCGUCCAUAGAAGUCAGUUGCACUGAACGUUCAGGUUCUCCAGAACUGACAGAAUAAAAAUUACUCCUUGAUCGUU